CCAUCUUCUUCCUUCUUCCUCCCGUUUCUAGUGUUCAAGCUACUCGUAACGGGAAACCAGGGAAUUAUCCACAAAGAAACAGAGGGCUGUUCGUUCCUUCAUUGGUGUUGGCAAUGGCGCGUUGCUUGGCGUUCAUGCUGUUUCUCCAACUCUACUGCCUCGUCUCCACCGUCGGGCUGCCGCUGCCGCUCGAGCCCGCUGAGCUGCUACAGCUGGGCAGCGACGUCGGCGGCGGGCGGCUAAGCGUCGACCCGGCCGACCUCCGGGAGGCGUCCGGCGACUUCGGGGGCUUCACCCGCGCCGAGCCGCCGCUGGCCGUGUACCACCCGCGCGGCGCCGGCGACGUGGCCGCGCUGGUCCGCGCCGCGUAUUCCCGCGGCGACGGCCUCCGCGUGUCGGCGCGGGGCCACGGGCAUUCCAUCAGCGGGCAGGCGCAGGCGCCCGGCGGGGUAGUGGUGGACAUGAGCCGACAUAAGGCGGCGGCCCGGGCACUGCCGGCGUACUCGUCGGCGGUGGGCGGGCACUACGUGGACGUAUGGGGCGGGGAGCUGUGGAUCGACGUGCUCAACUGGACGCUGGCACACGGCGGGCUGGCGCCGCGGUCGUGGACGGACUACCUCUACCUCUCCGUGGGCGGCACCCUCUCCAACGCCGGCAUCAGCGGGCAGGCCUUCCACCACGGGCCCCAGAUCAGCAAUGUCUACGAGCUCGACAUCGUCACCGGGAAGGGAGAGACGGUGACCUGCUCGGCGACGACGAACUCAGACCUGUUCUUCGGCGCGCUUGGCGGGCUGGGGCAGUUCGGGAUCAUCACGCGGGCUCGCAUCGCGCUCGAGCCUGCUCCCCGCAAGGUUCGGUGGAUCCGAGCGCUCUACUCCAACUUCACCGAGUUCACCGCCGACCAGGAGCGGCUCAUCUCGCAGCACGGCGGUCGCCGGUUCGACUACGUGGAGGCCUUCGUGGUGGCCGCGGAGGGCCUCAUCAACAACUGGAGGUCCUCCUUCUUCUCGCCGCAGAACCCGGUUAAGCUUAGCUCGCUCAAGCAGCACACCGGUGUGCUCUACUGCCUCGAGGUCACCAAGAACUACGACGACUCCACCGCCGCCACCGUUGAUCAGGAGGUGGAUGCGCUGCUGGGCGACCUGAACUUCCUGCCGGGCACGGUGUUCACCACCGACCUGCCGUACGUGGACUUCCUCGACCGCGUCCACAAGGCGGAACUGAAGCUUCGCAGCAAGGGCAUGUGGGAGGUGCCGCACCCGUGGCUGAACCUCUUCGUGCCGGCGUCGCGCAUCGCCGACUUCGACCGCGGCGUCUUCCAUGGCAUCCUCGGCAGCCGCACCUCCGGCGGACCCAUCCUCAUCUACCCCAUGAACAAGCAUAAGUGGGACCCGAUGAGCUCGGUGGUGACGCCCGACGAGGAGGUCUUCUACCUGGUGGCGUUCCUCCGGUCGGCGCUGCCAGGCGCGGCGCAAACACUCGACGAGCUGGCGCGGCAGAAUCGCCAGAUCCUCGACUUCUGCGCCGACACCGGAAUUGGGGCCAAGCAGUACCUGCCCAACCACAAGUCCCAGCCCUCCUGGGAGGCGCAUUUUGGCCCGGAGAGAUGGGCGCGGUUCGCCAGCCUCAAAGCCAAGUACGACCCCAGGGCCAUGCUGGCCACCGGGCAGGGGAUCUUCCCGCAGCCGGCAACAGACUCGGCUCCGCUCUUGUCCGAUUCUUGAUCCAGAAGGAUGGCUACGAUAAGUAGCUAUAGGUUGUAGAUAGCUAGGCGUAAGUAAUUGGAGAUCAAAGAGGAAGAUUAGUUAGUUUUGACGAUGUAUAUAUAGCUACUUAACUCACCCAAUCCAAUUUGCUUGGAUAGUCCAUAGGAAUUGUUAUAAACGCGGCAAGCAAAUAACGAAGAACGAUAAAAGAAAACGCA